AUGUAUCAGCGAGGAAAGCAUGAUUUCCAGCGCAAGGAAACGAAGCAUCAACCAGAGUUCAGCGCCAUAGGAUCCCAUUCACCAAGAUUAUCGAACUUGCAGGAUUCUCCGAGGAUACAAGACCUUCAGAUGCACUCUCCCCGCGACAACGUUGGUGUCGGCAUCAUCUUCGAUGCAGGCACAGAUGGCAAGGGGCCAGAUGGCAUCGGCCUAUGUGUCAACGGGCUGAGCCCGGACGGGCCAGCCGAUCAGUGCAAGUCCAUCCACAUCGGCGACGUUCUUGUAGAGAUUGAUGGAGUUGACGUGCAGGGGAAGACAGCGGGAGAAAUCUCUUCGUUGAUCUUGGGGCGUCCGGGGAGUUCUGUGCAUCUCAAGUUCUUCUCUCGCGGAAGAUUUGAUCGUCCAUAUCAUGUCACUAUGGAGCGCAAGCGGACAGUCAACAGGCGUUUGAAAUUGCCGCAUGACUGA